AUGUACGUCUCUGGCUCCGUCGUUCCUCACUCAGCUACUUCACCUUCGCCGUUGCCGCCGCCGAUGCCUCCUGGUGGCGUCGACUUCGCUAUUUUUGUCAAGGCCACAGCCGCCGUAUGCGCUGUCAUAUUCGUCACUGUCUUUUCGGUCUACCUCAAUUACUGGACCGCGCUAAUGUUCGCCAGCCAGAACCAUACGGCCGGUGGCCUCGACGGCGUCAGUUGGCGGUGUUCUUGCUCUCGAGGAAUCGACCGGGAAGUCCUGGAUACAUUCCCGAUCCUCGUGUAUUCUACCAUAAAAAACCACAUGAUCGGAAAAGGAGAGCUCGAAUGCGCAGUGUGCUUGAGCGAGUUCGAAGACCACGAGACUCUCCGGUUGAUACCAAACUGCAACCACGUGUUUCACCCGGAGUGUAUCGACGCCUGGUUAGCUUCUCAUGUGACUUGUCCCCUUUGUCGAGCAAAUCUGAAACCAGAUUCCGGCGACGUAUCCAUCGUAAUGCCGACUGAUCAGUUAAACGAAGGAAGUGAAGACAGUAGCAGGAGAGGAGUGAGGGAGACACGGCAAGCGCAGGCGCCUAACGAUGUCGGUCCGAGCAGUAGCAACUCUUCAGGAACAGAGAGAGCAAACCACAUGGACGAGGCCAGAGCUAAGCAAAGUAGAAAUCGAAGAUCGAGAUGGAGAAUGUUCGAGAAGCUACCGAGAUCCAACUCCACGGGACAUUCGCUGCUCGAACAGCCUCUGGCGACGUCGAACGACACGGAGAGGUAUACGCUUAGGUUGCCGGAGGAGCUUCGGAGGUAUAUUCUGAUGAAUCAUGCGGCCAUCGGGCGGUCGGUGAGCUACCAUGGGGUGACGCGGCCGAUGAAAGGGAUGGGUUGGAGUGACAGCGAUGGAAGCAGCAGAGGGAAGAGGGACACGACGACGCCUCCAAGUGUUCAUCGCAAGGAUUAACGUUUCUUCAUUCGUCUUCAUGAUCUAAGUAUCUUCACUUUUGCGUCUUUCACAGUCUAUGCUUUUGAGAUUAUUAGAUAUAUUUUUAACAGCCUUUGGUGUUCGGUGCACAUCCGAUGAAGGUUCAGCUCGA